AUGAUCCCUGGCCUGUCCGAGUGGGACUCCCUCAAAGUCUCACGUAUUUUCUAUCAUGAAGACGCAAUGAAGAUUCUUAACUGUCCUAUCGCUCUAGUUCAUCACGAUAUUAAAGUCUUUGGCUGGCGUGUUUUUCAUGAAGCUAUUCCUGAUGGUUCGAAACUUCAAGCUGCAAAUCUAGAUGACGGUAUAUGUAGAUUACACGGUACUGCCGAAGAAAUUUGUAUCCAUGCUCUCCGUGACUGCCCCCAUAUCAGAGAAGUUCUUGCCUUCACACAUUGGGAUAGUAGAAUUCUCAACCCUUCUAUUCUCUCCGGCAAAGAUUGGCUUAACUAUAUUUUGGAGUUCACUGAUAAGAAUCACUUUGCUUUACUGCUUACCCUCCUUUGGAAUAUAUGGAACAGAAGAAACAAGUUGAAGCAUGAAGAAACCCAUUUACCGCCUGAAGUGGUCCACGACUAUGUUAAGCUCAUCCUCUCCGACCUUAAAUCAGCUUUAAUCCAAAAACCAGCUCCAAAAGCUCCUAAAAUAAAUUGCUGGAAACGUCCACCGUACGGUAGUCUGAAGUUAAAUAUUUGUUGUGCUUGGUUUGAAACUUCGAGAUUCGCGACCAUCGGAAUAAUUGCCAGAGACCAAUACGGCCUCGUAGUUGGUGGCUAUACGAGACCAUCACGGCCUUUUCUGAAGGUAUUAACCUUGCCAUUGAAAACAGAUGAAAAUCAGUCAUCAUUGAGGACGAAGCUCGUAGUAUUGUUCAAAGGCUAA